UCCAAACUGUUUAUGGCCUUCUAUCCUAUAUAUACAGAGUGAUUUCCUCACACAUUUAAACGUCUCUGCAGUUCAGUCCUGUUCCUGUGCUGAUGAUUACUGAAGGGUUACACAUCAAAAUCAAUAUAAAAACAUUCAUUCAUUCAUCCUCAGCAUAAACAUGAACUAACAGAACAUGAGCAGGACCAGCAGUAAACUAGAAACUAAACACUAUCAACACUACAAAUGACAAACACUUGACAAAGAAACACAGAGAAACCAAAACUUAAAUGGAGGAGCUAAUGAGGUGCUAGAAGAAACAGGUGAUCCUGCUGGGUCUUCAUGGCCAGACUGUGUAACAGCUUCUUACCCAAUGCCAUCGGACCCCUAUAUACUCAGAGACUGGACUGACACACACACACACACACACACACACACACACACGUUCUGAGCAGUGACUCAGCACUGAUAUUAUAGACUCUCUCUCUCUCUCAUCUAAUCUCUGGCGUCUCAUUGGCUGAGAGCUCUGACCCAACCGUCUCGUGUUCUGUCAAAUUCCAUGAUGUGUGAGAGAGCGAGAAACAGUAUGGGAGAGAGUGACCAGGCAAUGAGAGAGAGAGAGAGAGAGAGAGAGAGAGCGCAAAAGAGAUUGAGAGAUGCAGUGGAAUUAAAGAUGACGUACAGUAUGGAGAGAGGUUUAUCUCUGUUCCUUUACUAAUCCCCAUCUGAGCUGCGAGUCUUGUGUGUGUUACAGCUUCACUUCCCUGCAGUGGAACAGAAACUGAAGCAUCAGAAUAAAAACAUCAGCCUGGAUUUCCAUCAUCAUCAUCAUCAUCAUCAUCACUGAACAAACAGUUUUUCCAGUUUCAUCUCCAUCAUUCCCCCUAAACAUGUCGUCAUUUAUAACUACAUCUCGAGAGGCCACACCUCCUAUGCUGAGACUGACACAGAGGCCACACCUCCUUCCUUGGGACAGACAGAGGUCACUAGUCCUUCACUGGGGCAGACACUGGGACAGACAGAGGCCACGACUCCUUCGCUGAGACUGACACAGUGUAGAGGCUGAGAUCUGCAGUGUGUGUGUGUGUGUGUGUGUGUAUGCAGGAUGGCGAGUGAUGACUCUGAGCUCUGCUCCCGCCCGAGUCCUGUAGUGCAUCACAUUGAUAAACACUUCCUGAUGUGCAGCAUCUGUCUGGAUCACUACCACAAACCCAAAGUGCUGCCGUGUCUCCACACCUUCUGCCAGAGGUGUCUUCAGAGCUUCGUCCCUGUCCACAGCCUAACUCUGUCGUGUCCUGUCUGCCGCCAGACCUCUGUCCUUCCAGAGAAGGGUGUGGCAGCGUUACAGAGCAACUUCUUCAUCACCAACCUGAUGGAGCUGCUGAAGAGUCAGGACAUCGAUCUCGGAGACGAGGACAUCAACACUUUGAGCACGGAGCCACAGCUGUCCUGUCCAAACCAUGGAGCAAAUGUGAUGGUGUUUUACUGUCCCGUGUGUGAGACAGUCGUGUGUGAGGCAUGCAGCAGUGAUGAGCACGCCCAACAUGUGACCGCCCCUAUCACACAGGUCCUCACACAGCACAGAGCUUCACUGAUGCAGCAGCUAAACUCCGUCAGGAGCAGACUUCCGGAGAUCGACUCGGCACUGCAGAAGCUGUCUGAGAUCCUGCAGCAGUUGACCAGUCAGAAGAGCUCAGUCGAGGAGAAAAUCCACACCACCUUCAGUGAGCUGCAGAAGGUGCUGGAUAUGCGUAAGAGUGUGCUGCUGAUGGAGGUGGAGGUGAACUACACCCUCAAACACAAGGUGCUUCAGGCACAGUUAGCGUUGUUGCUGCAGGAGCAGGAGGGCAUGAGCAGCAGCUGCAGUCUGACUGAACGGGCAUUACGCACUGGCUCUGAGGGUGAGGUGCUGCUGGUGGAGAAGCAACUGAGCGAGUGUUUAAGUGACCUGGCGACUCGUGAACUUCCUCUGCGGCCUGAAGAGAACGGUCAACUGAGCUUCACAGCAGAGACCGAUGGUCUUUGCAGCUCCAUCCGCCGUCUGGGUUCCAUCAUCACUGGCAGCGCAGUGGCAGGAGAGACGAUGGCGAGUGGCGAGGGACUGCGGCGCUGCGUGGUGGGCCAACCCACGUCCAUCACCGUCACCUCUAAGGACAGAGAUGGCAGGUUGUGCCAGACAGGGGGCGCUCCUCUCUCAGCUGAGCUGAAUGGUGCAGACGGUACACUGGUGGGAGAAGGUGAAGUUGUAGACCACAGAGAUGGCACCUAUGACAUUCUGUACACGCUGGCACAUGAGGGACAAUACAUGCUUGUACUUCGCCUGUAUGGACAGCACAUCCGCGAGAGUCCCUUCAGCAUCCGUGCCACCAAGCACAUGCAGGAAUCCGACACCAACGGUGCCAAGAGAUGGCUGAAGUCACCAGGAAGCUCCCACAUGAAACAGAGAGCCAUCAAGCGACACGGCAGCAUGUACAGCUCGGGCAGGGGCAAGGGGAACGGCAUCGAGGACGACCUCAUCCUCCGAAUCGGUACAGAAAAGGGCUAUGAAGGAGGGGGAACCUGCUGUGUCAUUAUAGGGACGAAAGGGAGAAAUAAGGGAGAAUUUGCCAAUCUGCAGGGCGUGGCCGCUUCAGACACUGGAAAAGUUUUAAUAGCAGACAGCAACAAUCAGUGUGUUCAGAUAUUUUCUAAUGACGGACAGUUUAAGAGUCGUCUCGGUGCACGGGGUCGCUCUCCGGGGCAACUCCAACGGCCCACCGGCAUCACCAUCCACCCCAACGGUGACAUCAUCAUUGCAGACUAUGACACCAAAUGGGUCAGCAUUUUCUCCAGCGAUGGUAAAUUUAAGAGUAAGAUCGGCUCCGGGAAGCUGAUGGGUCCCAAAGGCGUGUCUGUGGACAGAAACGGGAACAUCAUCGUAGUGGAUAAUAAAUCCUGCAGCAUCUUCGUCUUCCAGCCGAACGGCAAACUCAUCCGCAAGUUCGGCACUCGUGGAAAUGGAGACAAACAGUUUGCAGGUCCCCACUUUGCAGCAGUGAAUCAGAAUAAUGAGAUUAUUGUCACUGAUUUCCACAAUCACUCAGUAAAGGUGUUUAAUGCGGAGGGAGAGUUCCUGUUGAAGUUUGGCUGUAGCGGUGAGGGAAAUGGUCAGUUUAACGCCCCCACAGGAGUCGCUGUGGAUUUAAAAGGAAACAUCAUCGUAGCCGAUUGGGGAAAUAGCCGGAUACAGGUGUUUGACAGCAGCGGCUCGUUCCUGUCCUUCAUUAACACUUCAGCAGAUCCACUGUUUGGCCCUCAGGGUCUCACCAUCACCUCAGACUCUCACGUCCUUGUAGCUGAUUCAGGAAACCACUGCUUUAAAGUUUACCGCUACCUCCAGUGACACUCCUCAACCCUCCAUCCACUCAUCCCUCCAUUCCAUAAUACCAUCAUCCUGUCACCACGCCAUCCCUCUAUUUUCAUUAUUCUGAUCAUGACCUGAUAGCACUGUUGCCUUUCCACAGUUUUCAGGAUUAUUAACCACCUGAACUGCACAGAGGGAGAAAUCAAAUGGGCUAAAUGUAAAUACUGAAGUUAAAAAACAACACAGAAAAAUUCUAUUAUAAAUUUAUUAAUGAAUUUCUUGAUUUUUUAUUUAUUUUAAGAUUUGUUUGGAUUUAUACUAGGACAAUUCAGGACUAGGACAAUCUCAGCUGCACAUACAGAGAGUUAGAGUCUCUCAGUGUCCAGUAGAUGUCGCUAUUCUCUGAGUUUUCACAGCUCUGUGCUCAGUAACAAAUUAAUUCACCUGCUCCUGCUGUACAUUAAUUUCUCUGAUUAUUAAAUUAUUUUAAAUCU